GAGAAGUGGAGAGACUAUACCUGGACAAAGUCAUCGUCCUGAACUGAAACCAAAGAGCAUUUCCCUCUGAAAGACAUCCUGACUCCAUCUGCUGGUGAAUACAUGACAUUACUGCAUUCCUGCUGUUGAUCAUUCAUCCUGUGACGGAGGUGAGAGAAAACCAGAGACUGUAUAAAGGAGGACACCAAAGAAGAUUUAGAGAUUGUUGAAGACGCCAUCAGAGGAGGUGAGAUCUCUGCUGGGAAACACACACUUGGAGAGAAUAAAGAAGAGAAGUGGAGAGACUAUACCUGGACAAAGUCAUCGUCCUGAACUGAAACCAAAGAGCAUUUCCCUCUGAAAGACAUCCUGACUCCAUCUGCUGGUGAAUACAUGACAUUACUGCAUUCCUGCUGUUGAUCAUUCAUCCUGUGACGGAGGUGAGAGAAAACCAGAGACUGUGUAAAGGAGGACACCAAAGAAGAUUUAGAGAUUGUUGAAGACGCCAUCAGAGGAGGUGAGAUCUCUGCUGGGAAACACACACUUGGAGAGAAUAAAGAAGAGAAGUGGAGAGACUGUGAGUUGGUGAGUCCUGCUCUAGAAAUAACUUUAAUACCAAAUGGCUGAGAAAAUCGCUCUUGUUGAAAGUUUCCUGAGCUGCCAUGUUUGUUCAGAGACUUUCAGAGAUCCUGUGUCUCUGGGCUGUAACCACAGCUUCUGUUCGAGCUGCCUGCAGACAUUCUGGGGACAAAGUAAGAACACAAACUGUCCCAUUUGUAAAAUAAAGUCCUACAAAGAUCUUGUGGUGAACUUUGGACUGAAGGAACUGUCUGACUCCUUUGCUGAGAGACAGAAAGCUGGAUCAUCUGAGACAGAGAAAGGAGAGAAGAAGGUGCAGGUGGUGUGUAGUAAACAUCCAGAAGAGCCUAGAUUGUUCUGUAUGGAUGAAGAGAGAGCUGUGUGUCCUGUCUGUGAGUUUUCUCUCCACCAGGGUCACAAGGUGGUUCCUGUAGAACAAGCAGUCAGUGAGCUGAAGGACCUGCUGACAUCUGACUUAGAGUCUCUGCAGGACAAGAGGGACAAAUACAAAGGAGUGGAGACAACAUACAAGGAAGUGAUUCAAGUGUCCGAGAAGCAGCUGCUGUCCACAGAGAGGCUGAUCAGAGCAGAGUUCAUCAAGCUCCAUCAGUUCCUGAAAGAGGAAGAGGAGUCCAGACUGGCAGCUCUGAGGGAGGAAGAGGAGCAGAAAGGGAAGACUAUCAGCAGAGAGAUGAAGAGCAUUCAGGAGCACAUCUCCUCUCUGUCACACAGUAUCUCUGCUGUUGAAGAAGAGCUGCAGAAACUCAACGUGCCCUUCCUCAGCAGUUAUAAAGCCACUCAGAGCAGAGCCAGAGUCCAGAGCUCACUGUCAGACCCACAGCUGCUCUCAGGAGCGCUGACAGAUGUGGCCAAACACCUGGGCAACCUGUCCUUCAGAGUCUGGGAGAAGAUGAAGGACCAGGUCCACUUCAGUCCUGUCCUUCUGGACCCAAACACUGCUCACAGAUGGCUCUCUCUGUCUGAUGAUCUGACCAGUGUGAGACAUGGAGACAAAGUUCAGCAGCUUCCUGAUAAUCCAGAGAGAUACACUGAGUAUGCUACUGUUCUGGGCUCUGAGGGCUUCAGCUCAGGGAAACACAGCUGGGAGGUGGAGGUGGGAGAUCAUCCUGACUGGAAUAUAGGUUUGACUAAAGAGUCAGCUGACAGGAAGGGAGAGAUACCAGAUGCCUCUCCAAAAUAUGGAAUCUGGUGUUUAUGGCAUGGCGAUGGAGGAUACUCUAAUGGUGCUAGUGAGACUGUCAGAGUGGAGAAGAAUCCCCAGAGGAUCAGAGUCCAGCUGGACUAUGACAGGGGGGAGGUGUGCUUCUACGACCCUGAACACAUGACUCCCAUCUGCACUCUCAGAGACACUUUCACUGAGAAACUCUUCCCAUGGUUCAGUAUUGGAGAAGCUGGUGAUGCUAAAACUGCUGAUAUCAAAAUCUGUCGACGUGAGAUUCCUCUGUGAUGCUCAGGAGUGUUGGUUCAGACUUUAUUCUGACUUCACUCUCCGUCUACAUCUCUUUGGAACAUUCAAGAAAAUAAUCAACAGAUGAUGAGAUAUUAAUCUUUGCAUGACAUUUUUACGCAUUAUAAUCAAAGAGUCAGUCAAAGACAAACAAACAACUUGAUUGUUUAUUGAGUUUAUUUUGCAUCAAACUUUAUUACAGUGUGUUUAUAGUUUUCAUUUGACUCAUUUAAUGAUCGAUGAGAGUUCACAUUUUUAAUCCAAGAAUCUUUAAAUGGAUGAAUUUAUUUUCUGUUUUUCUUUGUAAUGGAUGAAAUGAGAAUGUUUGAUUAAGUUUUGUGUGAAUUCUUGAAGAAAUGUAAGAAGUCUGUAUAUCGUGCUGAAACUUCAUGACAUCAACCAAACUAAGAAUCAAAGCUGUCAGUUCUCCUUUGAUCUAGUUUCGAGUCAAACAUCACGUUAUAGCAGUAUACGUUAUCAGUUUAACUUCUAACUUCUCUUUCACUCGACCUCUCCUACUCCCAACUCUAUGUCAGUAGAAGAGCUGGUCUGUUGCCUGUGUUAUUAAAGUGACCGUUUACCGAACCCUUUGUGUACAUUGCUAAGCUAAUUUGACCUGUCUCGAGGACACGCUUUGUUUAGGAGUGAGAAACCCUCUUUUUGUUUGAACCUGUUCUUUUUGUUUACUGAUAAGAGUAGGUGAGACGCCUGUACUUUAUUCCUUUUGGUUAGGCAAGUUUUAGAAAAAUGUUAUUGCUGCGCCUAGGUUCCCCUAGACCUGGGCCUAACAUACAUUUCUAAUUCACCUAAAGGUAAUUAUAGCUGUACAAGUAAGUGUAGUAUUUGUAGAUAUCUUGUGUUUAAAUAAGCAGCAGUUUAAUUCAGAAAUGUGUCGAUGAGGUUGUUUCUUCACGUACAUCUGUCAAAUAGCCAUGUGACAAAUUACAGAGAAUAUAAAUGAUGACAAUUGUACAAAAAUAAAUAAUCGUAAUGAU